AUGAGCCAAACAUCUUUGAAACAGAAAAAGAAAAAUGAGCCUGGGAUGAGGUACUCAAAAGAGAGUCUAGAUGCAGAGAAAAGAAAAGAUCCUGACAAAAAUGGAGGUCGUCUGAGCACUCAGAUGAGGCGUGCAGCCUAUCCGAAUCACCCGCUGAGAUGUUGCCCCAUGCGGUUUCACCACAUCUGUAGACGCUGCCUUUGUGCAGCUGAGGGAACUAGCCCCUGUCGCACAAUACGCAUUUAUAUUCACAUGUGCCUGUUGUGGGAGCAGGGCCGGCAGAUCACCAUGAUCAGGGGAUCUCAAGAAUUACCUGUGCCUAAUACAGACUCCCGAGGGUACGUGGUGCGAAAUCAGUGGUCCCGAACAUCACGGAGCCCAUCCACCGGAGCUCCAUCUGUAGAAGAGCCCAGAAGCAAGAGUACAGUUGUUAAGCAGGCCCCCAACAGUGCCGCGACCUCUAGAACUUCCUCUGCCUCCCCCAGCCACCACGAGACAUCGCCUCCACCUCAGGCAACAGAGAAGCCCUCCACACAGCAGACUCCACAGACCAGACCUGUCACCACAGUUGAAUCACAACCUCCCACACCUCCAGAAGCAGAGCACAACAACAGGCGGACUUCGAAAAUGUAUGCGAACACUGAUAACUGGGCUCACAGGGAGAGCAGAGAGCCUAGAGACUAUGCUCACAGCUGUGACUCCCGAGAGCUGAUGCCUAAGAGUACUCGAGAGUAUCCACGAACUCCUCCUACUGAGUGGAAGUCCUACGCCCAACGCCGUAUGCAAUAUGCCACCUCUAUGGACGUGGACCCGGAAUGUCUGAAUGAAGCCCAGCAGCGGCAUAAGCAGCAGUUGGAGGAAGAUGAGGUGGAUGAGGCGUACUGGUCAUCCGUGAGCAUGCUGUAUGAGAAGAUGCCUAACUGUGCGCGGCCCAGGCCGCCUAAACCCAAGCAUGCCAUCACCAUUGCUGUUUCUUCCCGGGCACUUUUCAAUAUGGUGGAUGACAGGAAAAUCUAUGAAGAAGAGGGUCUGGAAAAGUACAUGGAGUAUCAGAUCACCAAUGAGAACGUCAUCCUGACCCCAGGGCCAGCAUUUCGGUUUGUCAAGGCACUGCAGCAUGUCAACACUAGACUCCGUGAUCUGUACCCUGAUGAACAGGACUUAUUCGAUAUAGUACUCAUGACUAAUAACCAUGCCCAAGUGGGAGUACGGCUUAUAAACAGCGUCAAUCACUAUGGUCUUUUAAUCGACCGCUUCUGUUUGACGGGCGGAAAAAGCCCCAUUGGCUAUUUGAAGGCCUAUCUUACCAACUUGUAUCUUUCUGCGGAUUCUGAUAAAGUCCAAGAAGCAAUAAAAGAAGGCAUUGCCUCUGCAACCAUGUUUACUGGAACCAAGGACAUCGCUUACUGUGACACACAGCUCCGCGUGGCCUUUGAUGGGGAUGCUGUCCUCUUCUCCGACGAGGCUGAACAUAUUGCCAAAGAACAUGGGCUGGACAAGUACUUCCAACAUGAUACACUCUUUGAAAAUAAGCCUCUUGCUCAGGGUCCCCUUAAAGGCUUCCUGGAAGAUUUAGGCAAACUGCAGAAGAAAUUCUAUGCCAAAGACGAACGGUUACUCUGUCCCAUCAGGACCUACUUGGUUACAGCCCGGAGUGCAGCUAGUUCUGGCGCCCGUGUGCUCAAGACCCUUCGCCGCUGGGGUCUAGAGAUAGAUGAAGCUCUUUUCCUGGCUGGGGCCCCCAAAGGUCCCAUCUUGGUGAAGAUUCGGCCCCACAUCUUCUUUGACGACCAGAUGUUCCACAUCGAAUCACUACAGAAAUUUGGCACCAGCGGGGCCCAUGUGCCUUAUGGCGUUGCUCAAAAACGCAACUAG